GUGAUCAAAGGUGGAAAUGUAUAGUGACACCGUGUCUAGAAUUGAAAAAUGAAUAUAGUUACAAUACGUUACAUCUUAAACUAGUUGAUACACUUACACAAUUGCUAUCGCAAUUUCCGAAUGCAAAGACAUUUUCUAAACUUGAUGAUGAUGGACUUAUUCAUCCAUAUUUAUAUUAUGAUCUUGUAAACAAAUUUGAGUUAAAUAAUUAUGCAGGAAUACUAGCAAAUUAUAAUAUC